UUAUGUCAGCAGAGGAAACAUUCUCCUGAGGUAGUGUUUGGGGAAAAAACAAGUAACUGGUUUUCCAAAUAGAUUUUCGUAAAUAACUGACAGGAGAUGGUCCGCUUCUAUGGAAGUAUUAACCCAGCUGAUGAGUGUUAAUUAUUAAACCUUUUAGAUGGUGGCUGGCUGAUUUCUCUGCUACCCUAAUCCAGGUCACAGAAUAGUUAAAGCAGCUUUAAGUGGAGAGUGGAUUUUUUUUUCUCAGUUUCUCUCCUGUUUUCGACUCUGAAACAAUGUUGUGGCUGCUCUUUUUCCUGGUGACUGCUAUUCAUGCUGAGCUCUGUCAUCCAGAUGCAGAAAAUGCCUUUAAAGUGAGACUUAGCAUCAGAACGGCUCUUGGAGAUAAAGCAUAUGUCUGGGACACAGAUGAAGAAUACCUCUUCAGAGCAAUGGUGGCAUUCUCCAUGAGAAAAGUUCCCAACAGAGAAACAACAGAAAUUUCUCAUGUCCUGCUUUGCAACGUAACCCAGAGGGUAUCAUUCUGGUUUGUGGUCACAGAUCCUUCCAAAAAUCAUACUCUUCCUGCAGCUGAAGUACAGUCGGCCAUAAGAAUGAAUAGGAACCGGAUCAACAGUGCAUUCUUUUUGGAUGAUCAAACUCUAGAAUUUUUAAAAAUUCCUGCUACUCUUGCACCACCCACGAAUUCAUCUGUGCCCGUCUGGAUUAUUGUAUUUGGUGUGAUAUUUUGCAUUGUCAUAGUUGCAAUUGCACUUCUGGUUCUGUCAGGAAUCAGGCAACGACGAAGGAACAAUAAAGGACCACUUGGAGUGGAGGAUGCAGAGGACAAGUGUGAAAACAUAAUCACAAUUGAAAACGGCAUCCCCUGUGAUCCCUUGGACACAAAGGAAGGCCACAUUAAUGAUGGCUUCUUGACAGAGGAUGAACGCCUCACCCCUCUCUGAGAGUAAUAGUUUCUUGGCAGAUUUAUUUGGUUUCACCACUCUUUUUUUGUAAGAAAUUUUCAGUAUGCUUGACUGUGGUAGACAAUGAAUUAUACCCUCAAAGACCACUGCAAUCAUAAGGCAUUGAGUUCUCAAAAAGGUUUAAAACUUUCCCCUGAUAACUGAGUGUCUAAAUGUAGUCAUGUGUGUUUUUAAUUACUGAUCUGAGUAUUUUUAGAAAUAGAGUCAGGGCUAUAAAUAUAUUUCACACUUUGAAGACCUAAGAAAAAAAUUAAAAUUUCCAAUGGAGAAUAACUAAAACGGUGGCAUAGAAAUAAUUGAAAAAUGAUCUGUUUUGACUA